AAUAGCAGUUUUUUGUUUUCGGCGUAAAGAACACAAGAAUUCCAAAUUUCAAAAACUGAAAAUAAAGUAAAAUUAACAGCAAAAGAUAAUCUAUAAGAGUUGAAGAUACGCAGAUUGGAAGAGAGAGAGAGAGAGAGAGAGAGAAGAGAGAGAGUGAAAAAAAGGAGGAAAAUAAAGACAGCGAACGAAAGAGAGUAGAAAGGAAGAAAGAAGUAACAUAAAAAAGGGAUAAUUUUGAAAUAAAUUAUACAAAAAGAAAAGGAAAAAAUGUCCAACAACCAUGUAGGCCUCACUUCGAAGGAACCAAUGUUAGCCGAAAGUGAAGGAAGAAUGCAACAUAUUUCGAAAACUAAAAGUGUAUUAUUAUGGAUGAAAAAGAACUUAUUGCUGGAAUUAACCGUUUUAGCGGUGCUUAUUGGAGGUGUUUGUGGAUUUCUUGGCCGUUUAGCUAAUCCAAGUCCCGAUGUUAUACUUUUAAUAUCUUUUCCGGGUGAACUGUUAAUGCGCAUGCUUAAAAUGCUUAUUCUUCCCCUGAUAAUUUCAUCUCUAAUUGGUGGAUUAUCGCAAUUAGACGCUAAAGAAUCUGGAAAAAUGGGUACUAGAUCAUUAGUUUAUUACUUUGGAACAACUAUAUUAGCGGCUAUUGUGGGCAUAUGUUGCGUUUUAGCCAUUCAUCCAGGAGAUUACGGAAUAAAACAAGAGUUAGGGACUGGUCGAAAAGAAAAGACGGUCUCUACAAUGGACGCCUUUUUGGACUUGAUAAGAAAUUUAUUUCCGGAAAAUUUAGUUCAAGCCUGCUUUAAGCAGGUUAAAACUAUAUUCGUUUCAAAAGAAGAGGAUUUAAAACCUUUAGCAGAGAAUUCAACCAACUUUCUAACAACAGUGGUGACACCUUUUGGAAAUUCAUCGAAUGGAACCGAAGAAGCAAAACCAGUUAGAAAAUUGGUAUAUAGUGACGGCACAAAUGUUCUUGGUGUAAUAGGAUUCUGCAUUGCUUUCGGAAUAAUCAUUGGUCAGAUGGGAGAAAGAGCGAGGGUAAUGGUUGAAUUCUUUCAGGUUUUAAGUGAAAUUGUUAUGAGAUUAGUUAAUGUAAUUAUGUGGUAUUCACCCUUUGGCAUCAUGUGCUUAAUAGCUGGUAAAAUAAUGGAAAUAGGUGAUUUGGCAACAACAGCAAGUCAACUUGGUCUAUAUAUGUUGACCGUUAUUGUUGGCUUAGUCAUACACGCCUGUGGAACUUUGAGUCUGAUUUUCUUUAUCACAACCCGUAAGAACCCAUUCAAGUUCUUCCGGGGUUUCCUACAAGCUUGGGUUAUGGCAUUAGGCACAGCAUCAUCAGCAGCCACUCUUCCCAUCACUUUUAAGUGCCUGGAAGAAAAUAACGGCAUUGAUAAGAGAGUCACGAGAUUCGUUUUGCCAAUCGGAGCAACAGUUAAUAUGGAUGGCACGGCAUUAUACGAAGCCGUAGCUGCAAUUUUUAUAGCACAAAUGAACAACGUGCAUCUAAAUGCCGGAGAAGUAAUUACUGUUUCGCUAACGGCAACUUUAGCUUCAAUUGGAGCAGCUUCCGUUCCCAGCGCCGGUUUAGUUACAAUGCUAUUGGUAUUAACUGCAGUUGGUCUACCUACAAAGGAUAUUACAUUAAUCGUUGCUGUUGAUUGGCUUUUAGAUAGGAUACGAACAUCCGUAAACGUGAUCGGCGAUAGUUUUGGAGCAGGAAUCGUUUACCAUCUAUCGAGGAGGGAGCUAAUGGAACAAGAUAGAGAACGCGAACGGCUAGAAGCGUCCGAAGAUAUGACAGAAUUCUCGGAAACUCCCCUUAAGCGAAAUAGUAUGUCCAAAGCAGCAAGAUCGAAAGGCGAUUGGGUUUAAAUUGAAAUAGAAAUCCAUUGUGUUAUUUAGCUUUGCCUAGUUUACAUAGAAAUGUAAUAUUUUCUACUUUUAACUCGUAAUGUGUUUAAGUAAGAGCGACGUAGAAAGCGUUUCUCUUGGAAUGGAAAAUGACGAAGUGUGUAUUAUAUUAAUUAAGCCUACUAAAACAUUUAACAAAGUUUAAAUUGUAAAUGAUGAAAGAAAUAGAAUAAAAUUGUCUACAAAUUUUUAAUUAAUAUUAAUUUUAUGCAUAGAUUUUUUCAUCUUCCAUUCUUUACAUAUUAUUAUUAUUAUUUGAAAUUUUAACCACUUAAUCUAUAUACUUAAUAUUUCCUGAAUUUCCAAAUUAUAUAGUGAAGAAAAAGACAAAAAAAGGAUAAUUAUUGUCUAUAUAAUGAAUAAAGACAAGGGUAAAAAUUAUAUAUAUAUAUGUGUGUGUGUGUGCAUGCAUGUAAGAGUGUAUCAAUUUGUUCUACAUGAUCCUUACAUUUGUAUUACUGAACCUACCUGCAGUUUGAUUCUUAUUAAUAUGUAACACCUUCUAAGAAAUUACACUGGAGAGGAUACACUGCAUAUUAUAUUGCAUUGUUUAAAUUAUGUGUAAUGUACUAUACAAGUAUAAUGAUAUAUACUUCUACAUGACUAUAAAUAAAUAAAUAUAUAUAUAUGAAUCCUGUAUACUUAUAAAAAUAAAGUGAAAAUAUAUAUGAGUAAAUACCGUGCAGUGUACAUAUACAUA